AUCAAACUAUGGAACGCCUGGCCAACGCCCAGGUUGUCGGGGUGACAGUAGCGCUGGUUGGUGUUGUGAUUACGAUGUGGUGUUUAUCUCGGAAGAAGAAAAGUUAUGCUACCCUCAAUAAGAGUGACAAAGUCGCCCUUACUCUGCUCGCAAAAACAAUAGUGUCACAUGAUACGAGAAAGUUUCGGUUUUCUCUUCCGAGCUCUGACCACAUACUUGGACUUCCUGUAGGUUCCUUCAUCAAUGUGUCAGCUAUACUUGAUGGAAAACUAGUAGUUCGACCUUACACUCCAAUUACCAGUGACGACGAAUUCGGAUACAUGGACCUCAUGAUAAAAGUUUACAAAGACGGAAAAAUGUCGACCUACAUGGAUUCUUUAAGUAUUGGUGAUGAAAUUAAAGUUAGAGGACCCUGCGGCAAAAUACGAUAUCUUGGAAAAGGAGUUUUCGAAGUGGAGAAAUCAAGAGAUAACAUCAUCAAGUUAAACUGCAAACGUAUGGGAAUGAUAGCUGGAGGUUCUGGGAUAACUCCGAUGUUGCAGUUGAUCAGAGAUGUGGUUAAGAACCGUAAUGACAACACUGAAAUGACGCUUUUAUUUUCUAACAAGACUGAGAACGACAUCCUUUGUAGAGGAGCACUGGAUGAGAUGUGUUGUCCCAAGUUUAAAAUUUGUCAUACCCUGUCCCAGGCUCCCAUUCCUAAAGAUUGGUGCUACGCAACCGGUAGAGUUAACAAAGCAAUGAUAGAGAAGUACAUGCCUCCUCCAGCUGACGACACUGUUAUUCUCCUCUGUGGACCUCCGGGUCUUAUCAAACAGGCCUGUCUGCCCGCUUUUCAGGCACUUGGCUACAAUCAGGAUAACAUUCUAGCUUUCUGAGACCGACAUUUUUAAUAACAUUUGGAGCUUUGUGAACUUUUGUGGAGGAUGUUGUGGACAGACGUGAUUCAGUGAUUGUGACCCCUGAUUUUAUCCAUUUACAUCUUCAAAACAAUCUCGUAAUCUGUAAUCUCGUAAUCUGUAGAUCAGAGGGCAUUUAUACAAUGGUUUUAAGAUGGCUUAAUUACAAUUAACACUA